UUUGAGGACUUUCAAUGCAAUGCACUGCUCUGGAUUCUCUACGAAAUGCCAACGUCAAGGUUGAAUUUUUCCAUGAUUUGCGUGCGCCAAGUCGAGAAUGCCCUUCUCCCAACUAAUCAGACAGCAGGACGGGAACGAGAAAAAAAGACAGUAAAAUACCAGGCGCUCUUUAACACAGAAUGCAACAUGUAAUUCUAUUAGCUGAUCACUGCCCGACUGUGAGAGAGUGCGUGAUAAAUACCCGAGAUUUUUUUCUACGUCCAGAAAAGUCAAUUUUCUGCGAGGAAAAAAUAGCGACCAGUGAAUGUUGAUGUUCACCAAAGCCGAGUUCUGUGUCUAAUUUCAUGAAGUUGUUUACUGUCACGAUCGGUCCGGGCUGGUCGUGGCGCUGGGUGAUUAUUGUCCGAGUUCCUCUUCGUUCCUCAUUUCUAAUACGAGACAGUCUCACGAGUGCAUUCGUGACCGGUAGGAUAUCGUAUCAUUAUUACCAAGUUUUACGUGGAAACAAAUUCAUAAUUUAAGUCGCAGCUGCCUACGAGCUUCUCCGCUGUGCUCAUUGAAAUGGAGCGUAAGGUUAAUCGUCUUCUGUUUUUCUCGACAAAAAAGAACCAUUGACUAACUCAAAGACGGAACAAUGAUGGAGAAUCUCCCACAGUCAAUGGAAACCCGGCAAGAAACCAGCAACCCCAGCACCUUUCGGCAGCUGUUGCCUCAGGUUCUGGCUUGCUCGGCAAAAAGUGUACUGUAUUUGAGUCUAGGUAUGCUCGUGGGACUACCAACGCUGCUUAUCCCCGACGUGACAGACCCCAGCAACCUGAACGAGUUGUUUUUAGAUAAUGAUCAAGCAUCGUGGUACGGGAGUCUUACUUACAUUUUUCAACCUCUCGGGAGUUUGGCCUCAGGAGCACUCUUGCAGUCAGUGGGAUGCAAAAAACUCAUGAUAAUGGUGAACAUACCACAGUUUGUGAGUUGGAUUAUGACGUACUAUGCAUCCUCUGCGCUUGUCCUCUACAUUUCGAGCGCGCUCGUUGGUCUAGUGGUGGGGUUGAUGGAGGCUCCGACUUGCCGGUACAUUAGUGAGAUCACUCACCCCAACUACAGGGGUGUCCUGACUUCCUACUCCACGAGCUUUGUCACCGUAGGAUUCCUGCUAGUCUAUGCUCUUGGGCUUGUGACGAAUUGGCGCAACGUUGCACUCAUCAGCGCCUCAACACCUGUACUCGCGAUUAUUGUACUCCUAAUGAUUCCAGAAACACCAAUCUGGCUGAUGUCAAAGGGGCGUUCGGAGGAAGCACUUGAGUCCCUUCAGUGGCUCCGCGGGUGGACGACGAAAGAAGCUGUGCAAGAAGAAUACACUAAACUCCAGUUCUACGCCAAAAAACAGCAGGGGAAAACGAUCCACGCCUACGGGAAAGAAGUGGAUAUCGCGGACGAGAAACCCACCGUGCUUAACGGCGCUUCCAGUGGAGGUCACCUGGAAGUUGAAGAGGUUGAAGAACGCAGGGGACUUAAAGAGAAAAUCAGAGAGCUGACCUGCAAAGAAAUGCUUGUUCCCUUGGGAAAGUGCAUUGUUCUCUUUUUUGUAUCUAUUUGCAGUGGACUCCUGUCUCUUCGGCCCUACUUCGUUCAAGUUUUCGAAGAGUUCGAUCUUCCUACGGAUGGAUUGACGACAAGUGUUUUAAUUUCUGUGAUAGCAAUUGUGGGGAAUAUUGUCUGCAUGUUGAUAAUCAAUCGUGUGAAAAAGCGGCCGCUGAUUAUUUUCUCUCUGAUCAGCACAGCUCUGUGCCUUAUCCUCCUUGCCUUGUUUCUGAUGGCUCCCACUAAUCCUCAUAACAAUGCUUCUCUUCGUUGGUGGAGUCUUAUUUUGUUCUUGAUCGUCAAUUUUGUCAACAAUUUAGGAAUCUACCCAAUAUCUUGGACCUACCUCAGUGAGAUUCUUCCUUACAGAGGUCGGGGCAUUGCAACAGCUAUUGGCUCAAGUUUUUUCUAUAUUGUCAUAGCGGUUGGAGUGAAGACAUAUCCAUCUCUAGAACAGCAAAUUGGUCUGGAUGGGAUAUUUCUUCUUUAUGCUGUGAUUAGCCUUGCAGGCGCCUACUUCACCUACUUCAGCCUCCCUGAGACCGAGGGAAAGUUUCUGUCAGACAUCGAAACGCAUGGAAAAGACAAGAAAAUACAAGUUACUUCUUUUUAAAAAUUCAA